ACGGUUAAUGAUAAUGAUCAAUUUAAGCAUUUUAAAUAUUCUGCUUGUAAGUUUCACCGGUGUUUACUCCGUGCCAAAAGUGGAACCGAAGUCCGACAGCGGAGGAAAGACUAUUGAAUUUACCUGUUCCGAAGAUUUGGCGCCGGGAGAAAUACUGGCUUGGUGGCAGACCAAAGAUAUCUGGACUGACAAAAGUCUAGUAUACAAGGACUUCUUGCCGCUGAAGAACGAUACCGUGAAUUUUAGAGUACGUGCAAGCAAUGAUGUGUACUUCGGGUUCAUGUCGCAAAAUAAAGCUGAGUCGCCUUACAUAGACAUAAUCUUGGCAGGAUGGAACAAACUAAAGAACUCCAUAGCACUGAACAGAGGUUACAAAAUCUACACUGAAAUCGACUAUAUCGUCAACCCUUAUGAAUUUCGCGGGUUCUGGGCUCGAAAGUAUGGCGAAGUCGUCUCUAUUGGAUUUGAGGGUGAAAGCAACCCCUUCAUGAGUUGGACUAGCACAAAGAAGUUUGAUGCGACCCAUUUGAGUAUAGCUACUGGCUGGGGCUCCACAGGUGUUUGGAGGAUAGAAGGUUAUUCAUGGCCCCACGAUGACAUAUUGCUAGCCAUAACUCAAAGUUCUGACGACAAACCUUUAAACUCAGUGGAACUACCACUAAAGAAGAGUAGGAGUAGUUUAGACAGCGAAACAACAGUGUAUUGCUCUAGGCAUAGAAUGCUCUACGAUGGGACUUUGUCACAGGGAGUUGAGUCUAAAAGGAAAGAGUUGGUAAAAAGUGAGGUUAUACCGUCAGGAGAGAUGUACGUAAAGGUAGGGCCAAUGCAAAAGGUAAAAUUCGAUGAAAACAGCCGACAUAAGUUCACAUGCAGCGGCAGCGCCCCCAUAGACGGCAGGGAACUGAUAUGGUUCCGAAAAGACCAUUACCGCGACCCCGUAAGUCUUGAAACACAGAACUAUGACCAAACGACCAACACCAACAACAUUGAACUGCAGCUACUUCGGUCAUUUGACCAAAGCCAGUUGUUCUGCGCUCAGGGUUACCAGUAUCCCAUCAAAUAUGGCGGCGAAACGAUUAUGAAGAACUACGGCAAGAUUGUGAAAUCAGAGAAUAUUACUCUUGUUAUGAAGAGGUCUCAGCAGAUUGUAAAUCAAAUGCCUGAAUCAAAUGAUACAGCGGUACCCUGCACUUCUGGACAAGAACAUGCAGUUAUAUGGCCAAUAAUGGUGGUGGCUGCGGUAAUAUCGACUUCGGUGGCGUCGUUUUGACAUUAAGCAAGAUGCCUAUAUCAAAUCAAAAAGCCUACACUGGCAACAUCGGGCCCCUAUUUCUCCACCGUGACAAAUGUCGGCGACAUGUGAUAAUCUCAUAGAAAGAUACUGUAUCAAUCAUAAAAUGUUUUUCUACUUUACUUUUUUGAUUUUUGGGUCCAUGUGAAGUGAGCUGUGUGUAUGUUAUGUGAUUGCAAUAAUAAAUAUUUAAUAAUUUAAAACUAUGGAACCGCGUACAGAUACAGCUUGGCAAAAAAAAAUUGAACUACUUUUUUAUGACAGCAACUCUUACUGUUCUCAUACAAAAGUGACACAAUAGUUACCA